AUGGCCCAGGAGGCCACACACCUGAUCCCCCUCAUCCUGAUGGUGCUCCUGGCCUCAGGCUCCUGGGCACAGAACACAGAGUUCUUACAAAAACCAGAGGGAGAGAUGAUCGUAGUGAGAUGCCGGUACAAGACCGACCAACGCUCAAAGGUGAAGACCUGGUGUCGGAGAACGUCAGCAAAUUAUUGUAGAUUACUAGUGGGCAGGGGCAGGAAAGAGCCCCGAUCCUCCAUCCAGGAUCAUCUCAGGCUUGACUACUUCGACGUCACUAUGACUGCACUCAGGGUAAACGACUCCGGAGUCUAUUACUGUGGAAUCUAUGAAAAUACCGAGGUCYACAUUCUCAGAACCAUCCAUCUGAAGGUGUCUAAAGCUUCAACCCCUCCCACCACCAGGAGCAUCAGAAUGACAACAGCCAUGGCCUUUGCCACCAGCCCUGUCAUUGGAAGCCCUUCAGGCAACCGGAAGUGGAUAUUCAUCUCCUCUGGCGUGGUGGUGGCUGUCCUGCUGCUGGGGUUCAUUGUCCUCAUGGUCCUAUAUCUCAGGAAAGUCCGAGGAAGAGACAGGAAAGGUGAGAAGGAAUCCCACCACAUCUAUGAGGACAUUUCAGACCACAAGGAGGCGAAAGCCCCUGGCUUCCGUCAGCAGAUUCUCUCUGAUGAGGACACUGCGGCCAUCUGCUAUGCGUCCCUCAUCCAUCUAAACCACUUUGGCACUGAGGACCCCAUCUACAGUAACACUCACCCCAACUCCAACCCAAAGCCCGUUCCCCACCCCCUUCAGACUGUGGAAUAUGCCAGCGUGACCGGAAAAAGACUGCCACCCUCCCCGCCAGCCGCCCUCAGUGGGGAUCCUGGGAAUUGA